AUGCCUCCACAAAUUAAACAAGAUCUCAACCGCUCAGGAUGGGAGUCAACGGACUUCCCGUCUGUCUGCGAGAACUGCCUGCCCGAGAACCCGUACGUCCAGAUGCUCAAAGAGGACUACGGCGCUGAAUGCAAGAUUUGCACUCGUCCAUUCACCAUAUUCCGAUGGAAAGCCGACCGCACGGCGCGGACCAAGCGCACCGCCAUCUGCCUCACCUGUGCCCGAUUGAAGAACUGCUGCCAGUGCUGUAUGCUCGACUUGUCAUUUGGUCUCCCGAUCGUCGUCCGUGAUGCUGCGCUCAAGAUGGUCGCUCCGGGUCCGGAGAGCUCCAUUAACCGCGAAUACUACGCGCAAGGCCACGAGAAGGAAAUCGAGGAAGGGCGGGGCGCCGUCGAGGAAUACGAAAAGACAGACGAAAAAGCCCGCGAGCUACUUCGCAGGCUCGCCAACAGCCAGCCAUAUUACAGAAAACAGCGACAACUAGAAGGACCGCAGGAAGAUGGAGAGUCGGAAACACCUACCAGUUCAGAUGCACCGGUAGUCAAGAGCAGGUACGGUAACGCGCCUGGGCCCAUUCGGACGAGCGAAAGCAGACGAGGCACACCACUCCCUGGUCGGGGAGGCCGUGGCGCUGCCCGUGGAGGUCGUGGUGGUCGACCUUUCCCUGGUACUGCACAGCUUCCGCCAUCACAGGAGGAUAUUCUCCCGCCUGCAGACCCGAACAUCUUGUCGCUGUUUGUCACGGGUGUUGAGGACGAUCUCCCGGAGCACGCGCUUCGGUCUUUCUUCUCCCAGUUUGGCCAGCUUCGCUCUCUCAUCUGCUCGCAUCGCGCUCACUGUGCGUUUGUUAAUUACGCCACACGUGAGGCUGCCGAAGAGGCCGCCAAGCAGUGCCAGGGCAAAGCUGUCAUCCAAGGAUGUCCACUGAGAAUCCGUUGGGGUAAGCCGAAGGCACUGGAUAAUAUGGACCGCGAGGAACGACUCAAGUACGCUCGCGAAGGCCGACAGGCCACAGGCUCCCCUGCCAACGCAGGUCGCGAAACCAGAGCUAUCACAGCCGCCGGUGGCGAGGAACAGCAAGAUAAGUCUCGCAACGUGCUCGUUGCUCCUCCCCCAGGCAGCGGCGAGGUUCAGUACUCCAGUUUAUCCGGCGAUUAA